UUCCCGUCUUCCGGGAAGGCGGAUGCAGUGAUAAAGUGACAACAACGCUCACUUCCGCUUGGUUAAGAAAAGAGAGAGAGAGAGAGAGAGAGAGAGAGGAACAAGCGAGAGCAAGCAAGGAUCGGCGGCUGUUCUCGCCGUGGUGGUCACCUUCUGUCGUCAAGCUCCCUCAGCGCGGCCCAGGAAAAAUGUUAGCUGCGGAUGAAUUUUCGCUGGCUGAUGCUCUACCAGAGAGUUCUCCUGCCAAGAGUUCCUCUGUGGGCAAUACGAAGCCACCUCAACAGCCCAGUCAGCCUCCACAAGCCUGGCCAACCUCUAGUCCCUGGAAUAACGCCCCAAGUGCUCCUCCUGCAGCUCCAUCCGGUUUGCCUCCUAGCUCAUCGACUUCCAACGUGCCUUUUGGACCGCCACCAACAGGAAUGUAUCCUUCCCUCCCCCCUGGGGCACCAGUUCCUUUUCCUCCUCCUGGUUCUACUUGUCCUCCAGGUGCUCCAUAUCCACCCCCUGGUCCUGCCCCACCAGGGCAAUAUCCACCACCAAACAUGCCCUUCCCAGAGAUUCCAAGGCCAUACGGGGGUCCCACUGAACCAGGUGCUCCCCCUGCGGCUGUUGGAGCAUGGGGAUCCAUGCCCACUGGAGGUUGGGGAGCCUCAGUUGGGGGACAGUAUCCUGCACCUAGUGUGCCAUAUCCACCUCCAGGGCCAUAUUCCACUCCCACUCAGACUCCAGGGGCUGCUCCUACAGUGCCUUGGGGUGCUGUCCCCCCAGGACCAUGGGGACCUUCGCCUCCUGGCCCCUAUCCUCCACCAACAGGAUCCUAUCCAGCUCCAGGGAUGUACCCAACGCCACCUAAUCCUUACCAAGUGCCACCUGCGCCUGCUGGAGCACCAUCCAUACCUGGUGGCCCUCAUCCCUACCGUUGAACUUGUGGCAGGCUGAUGGGGUACUGCCUCCCUACCUAUUUACACA